AGCCGAGACCAACGGACUACACCGACGACGGUUUCUCUGCCCAUUUCGACAACAAUCACCGACUUGAAAUUUUAUACUGUGAAGAAAAUCAGAAGUGUCAUCAUUAUUAUUAUUAUUAAACAUUUUUGAACUGUGUCUUCAUCCAACAUCAUUAUCGGCUGAAGACAACCCGAUGUGCCCUCGGCAGGCCCAACGAGCCUAAGAAUAAACCUCAACAAAUACAAAUAAGUAACAUUUGUUAAGAUAUAAUGGAAACGAGAAGUAUUUUUAUCGUGAAGUAUAUGCUAUACGUUUUUAAUGUGAUAUUUGGGAUCACGGGUGUGGCUUUAAUAAUAAUUGGCACUAUAGUUAUUGUAGAUUUGGGACGUUUUUCAAAUUAUUUAAGUGUUUCGAUUACAGCUCCACCAAUAUUAUUUAUUGUUUUGGGUAUAUUUAUUAUAGCUACAAGUAUAUUUGGAUUCUAUUGUAUCGAUAAAGAAAAUGUCAACUAUUUAAUUGUGUUUACCAUACUUUUAUUAUCAGUUUUGUUGAUGGAAGUAUUUUUAGCAAUUAUGUCAUCAAUAUCCAAAGACAAUUUUAAUAAUAAUUUAAGAUUUUCUUUAAAAACCUCAAUGGGAAAAUAUUCAUUUGAAGAAAAUGAUCGUCAAUCGUGGGCUGUAGUUCAACGAAAAUUAGAAUGUUGUGGAGUAGACACACCAAGAGAUUGGUCGAUUAUAUUUCCAGAAAACUUAGUUCCUGUAACAUGUUGCCAAAAUUUACCAAUUGAAGUAGGAGCGUUGUGCAGAAAUCUAUUUGAUGAUAGGAUUAUAUAUCAAAAAGGAUGCUAUAAUAUAUUAAACAGUCGAGUGAGAAAUAGGUUAACCAUUGUAAUGUACAUCGCAUUGGCAUUUGCUCUUCUGCAGUUUAUUGGUGUUGUGUUAUCUUGCUCUUAUACUUAUCUGCUGAAAAACAGUCAAGGAAGCAAUGGAGCACACAAUAUACUACCAAGCAAAUGACACAAAAAUGAUGCAUUUAAUAAAAAUGAUUUUAAUUAUUUCUACGAGCAAAAUACAUAUUCACAAGAUACAUUGAGCCGCAGAGAACAAUUAAAGAAUUUAUUAGAUGCAUUAAAAAAACAAAAUAGAAAUAUUAACCGUUACUAGUAUUUAUUUCGAUGUUAUUGGAAACAUUUUAAAUUUUGUUCAACUAUUUUCAAUGGCGUGUACACAGGAUAAAAAUGUUUCCCAAGCAACAAUUCAACAUUUUGGGGCAGGUAUUAUUAGGAUUAGUAAGGGUUUAAGUUUAUUAAUAAUACAAGCGGUAUUUUAAAAAGUACCUUUUAUGUCUAUAGACGUGCGCCUAUUGCCUAAUUACUUGUGCAAAAUCAAUUUUUUAUACUCAAUUAUCUUCCAUAUAUUAAUUUUGUAUCGA